AUGGGUUCGGUCGGAGUCUUCCGAACUUGGGGGCCGACGAUCUCGUGGGCUUCCUCGAGGGUCCAUUGGCUCGACGAGUGGCCCACGAUCGACAUCUACGACUCUUGGGUCGCAGAACAGUUCAAGUAUUCAGAGACGCAGAACGAGGAGGACUCCCUCGUUGAGAGUACACGAAAACGAUCAACAGAUGCAAGGGAGAAACACCCGACUCUGAACGGGCAAAGGAAUCCGACGGCCUAUCUCAGGUGCACGCGAUCCGCAGAGGUGAAGAAUGCUGGAGGCCAGGACGGCGAUGUGAUUUGCUGCGUCAACUUCCCCAGCGACGUUUGA